CUAGUAGACUGAUUCCCUCUCCAUUCUCCGAUGAUUUUGGAAACCAUUGGGACACUUCUGCAUCAAUGCUCCAAAACGAAGGCUUUUUGCCUUCACACUGCUGUCUUGAAGAAAGGGUUGCAAUCCCAUGUUUUCAUUUCAAACCAAGUCCUCAAUAUGUACGCAAAAUGUGGCCAAGUCUUUCUUGCGCGCAGGGUGUUUGAUGAAAUGAUUCAACGUAACAUAGUGUCUUGGUCUGCUAUGAUAUCUGGUUAUGAUCAAUGUGGGGAGCAUUGGAUGGCACUUAAGCUGUUUUCUCAAAUGCAGUUGCUGCCCAAUGAGUUCACCUUUGCCAGUGCCCUCAGUGCCUCCGCAAGUCUUGUGGCAUUGAAGCAGGGGCAACAGAUUCAUGCACAGUCUCUAAAAUCUGGGUAUUCAUCUGUCUCCUUUGUUUCCAACUCACUUAUCACUAUGUAUAUGAAGUGUGGUCAUUGUAGUGAUGCUUUGUCAGUGUAUUCCAAUUCAGCAGGUCUAAAUUCUGUUUCCUAUAAUGCCCUGAUCAGUGGGUUUAUAGAGAAUCAUGAACCUGAGGAAGGGUUUGAAGUGUUCAAGCUUAUGCUCCAACAGGGUUUUGUUCCUAAUCGAUUUAGUUUUGCGGGGUUGUUGGGGUAUUGCACCAAGUCAGAUGAUUUGAGAAGGGGAAUGUCAUUGCAUUGCAAAGCUAUAAAACUUGAAUUGGACUCCACCCCUCUUAUUGGAAAUUUAAUGAUGACAAUGUAUUCAAAGUCUAAUUUUGUAGAAGAAGUGGAGAAGGCCUUCAGAUUGAUCAAAGAAAAAGAUGUCAUUUCCUGGAACACUCUAAUUUCUGCUUUUUCCCAAUUUGAUGAUCAAGCUAAAUGUCUGAGGUUUUUCAAAGAGAUGAUGAACGAAUGUAGUAUAAAGCCAGAUGACUUCACUUUUGCUAGCAUCAUAUCUUCCUGUGCUUGGCAUGCUUCUAUUCGCCAUGGAAAGCAAGUUCAUGGUUAUCUAUUUAGAACAAGACUAUGUUGGGAUGUAGGAGUUAAUAAUGCUCUAGUGAACAUGUAUGCUAAAUGUGGUUCAAUUGGACAUGCGCAUAAUGUAUUCAAUAGAAUGUCCUAUCACAAUCUUGUCUCAUGGAACACCAUGAUUGCUGCCUUUGGAAAUCAUGGGCUAGGUGAAAGAGCAAUAGAAACUUUUGAGCAGAUGAAAAAAAGAAGGGUAAAACCAGAUUCAUUUACAUUUAUUGGUCUAUUAAUUGCUUGUAAUCAUUCAGGGUUGGUGAGAAAGGGUGAAUUAUACUUUAAUUCUAUGGAAGAAGCAUAUGGGGUUACGGCAAAUAUCGAACAUUUCUCAUGUCUUAUUGAUAUGCUUGGAAGGGCUGGAAGAUUGUCUGAGGCAGAAGAGUACAUGAAGAAAUUCCCUCAUUGGAAUAAUCCUGUUGUAUUUGGGAGCUUGCUUUCAGCAUGUUGGCUGCAUGGGAAUGUGAUCAUAGGGGAAAGCCUGGCUAAGCAGCUUCUUGAAGUUCAACCUGUUACUACUACCUCACCUUUUGUCUUGUUAUCAAAUUUGUAUGCUUCAGGUGGGAUGUGGAAUGACGUAACAAAUGCAAGAAAGAAGUUGAAGGGUAGUGGAUUAAGGAAAGGACCAGGCUAUAGCCUGAUUGAAGUGAAAGGAAAACAUGACAAAUUCACAAUAGGGGAUUUUUCUCACUUAAGAAUUGAAGAGAUUAAAAACGUACUUGGAACAUUGAACUGGUCGAUUGAUACAAUUUUCUCUGAUGAUAUAACAUAG